AAUGGCAACUCUGUUGUAAAUAAAAUUUUCAUUCCUAUGGCGGACGCAAGCGUGUACGGUUCAUCAGCCGUAUAUAUAUUUGUGUGAAAAUAACUCGGAUAAUAAUUUAAAUAGUUAAUGUUUAGUGUUUAAAUAUCUUUUGCAAGAUAUGAACUAGGUUUUAGUGUGUGUAAUGUGUGUAUUGAAGUGUUAAAAGUGGACUAUUUAGGUUUGGCAAAAUGACGCAGUUUUUGCCUCCUAAUUUGUUGGCUUUGUUUGCUGCGAGGGAUCCGAUCCCUUACUUGCCACCAGCAGCGAAGUUACCUCAUGAGAAGAAACAAAAGGGCUACGAUGGAGUCGGAGCCUUCCUCGACGUUUUUGAGCACCCCUCGGAGACUCCUCCACCGACGCGCGUGGAGACCCGGGAGGAGCGCAUGGAGCGCCGGCGCCGCGAGCGCGCCGAGCAGACGGCGUACAAGCUGGAGCAGGAGAUUGCGCUGUGGGACCCCAGCACCAACCCCAAGGCCACCAUGGACCCGUUCAAGACGCUGUUCGUCGCCAGGAUUAAUUAUGACACAUCAGAGUCUAAGCUAAGAAGAGAGUUCGAGGGAUACGGUGCAAUAAAAAAAAUUUGCAUGAUAUUCAACAAGGACAACAAUAAGCCCCGCGGUUACGCCUUCAUCGAGUAUGAACACGAGCGAGACAUGCAUUCCGCGUACAAACACGCCGACGGCAAGAAGAUCGACGGUAAGCGCGUGCUGGUCGACGUGGAGCGCGCCCGCACCGUCAAGGGGUGGCUGCCGAGGCGGCUCGGCGGCGGACUGGGCGGCACGCGUCGCGGCGGCGCCGACGUCAACAUCAAGCACUCCGGCCGGGAGGACAACGAGAGGGAGCGCGAGAGGUACCGGCUCGAACAGAGGGACAGGGACGACCGGCCGCGCCACGACAGGCCCGCGGGCAGCCGUCGGCGGUCGCGGUCGCGGUCGCGGCGGCGGUCGGCGUCGCGGUCUCGGCGCCGCGAGCGCGAGCGGGACCGGGACGCAAGAGACAGGGAGCCCGACGACGCGGAGCGUAACAACGGCCGCCGCCGCCGCUCGCGGUCUCGGUCUGAGCGUCGUCGCGAACGUCGCGACCGCGACAAGGAUCGCGAACGCGACCGCGACAAGAAGCGUUCCCGGCGCGACAAGGAGCGCAAGGAGCCCAAAGUCAAACCUGAGGAUAUUAAGAUCAAGGAGGAACCUAUGGAUGAGAGUAGGAUCAAGCUCCAAGAUGUCAAGGAGUACGUUGAAGAUUACCCAGAGUUCAGUAUGGCGCCGUUCGAUGUCCAGAUCAAGCAGGAGCCGAACGAAGAAGAAAACAAAUAUAACCCGGAGGAUACCAACGGAGAGGAAUAUAACUACUGAACUCUUCACGCUGGGUGCCACACACCCAGUACACUGUAUUGUACUAUAUGUACUCUCAGCCGAGUCACUCAGUAUACAAUGUGAUAGCGGUGGGACUUCUAACCCGUUAAGGCUGAGUACUACAUCUAAUUUUAUCGACAAAAAAUAAUAAUAUAAGGGUUGAACCCCCUCCCCCUAAAAAUUAUGGCUAUUUUAAUAUUUUUUGUACUUUAUGUGAUAUCAAAAGUUAUGUGUCGUAGAAACAAAAAAAAAACGACAAACGGUAGCUAAUAACCUUGGAUAACUAAUUCAUUCCUUUUUUUAAUAUGUUUGAUAAUAUUUUGGUGAGAAAAAAAAAUCAUUUCUGAAUUAUUUUUUACCGAAAAAAUCGCUCAAUAUUUUCAAUUGGGGGUUCAACCCCCUAUAUAAUUUUUUUUGUCGAUAAAAUUAGAUGUAGUACUCAGCCUUAACGGGUUAGAAGUCUCACCCCUAUCACAUUGUAUAUGUAAGUAAACAGAGAUAGGUUCAGUACAGAAACAAUAUCUACUGGUUGUCUAAAACCUACUGAGUUAUCUAUUACAAAGCCUAGAUGACUAAUUUUUAUUUCAAUGUCCGUCUUGUAGAUUAUUUUAAAACAUUACACACGUAUGUUUUUAUUUUCUCACGGAAACGAAUACUUUCGGAGAUAUAUCGAUUUGAAAUAUCGCGUGACGACACUUCUAAGUACGUUUUUGUACGUAGAAAUUACGUAUGUAUUUUUGUAUUUGAUUCCUACUACUAAACUUUGAUUCGUUUUAUCUAAGUAUUGCUUUCAUAUAUUAUGACGAAAUAAAAAAAUACGUGUCUAAUAUUUUUUCGUUAGGGAUCGUCCAUAAAUUACGUCACACGUUAAGGGGGGGGAGGGGGGUCGAUAAAGUGACAUUGUAGACAGGGAGGGGUCACAUUUCAAUUACUAAAAUAAAACUGUUAAAACACUAACUUGAAACUAUUAUCAAAAAAAAUCUACAUGUAAAAUUAUAAAAUGUGACGUCACACUAGGGAGGGGGGGGUCUCACAAAUGUGACCAAUUGUGACAAGGACGGGGGAGGGGGUCAAAAAUCGUGAAAUUCGUGUGACGUAAUUUAGCUAACUGACGGACUAAAUAGAUGUUUAAUUUUCAUAACCCGUCAUGAUCCAUAUUUAGUACUAGCUACUUCCGCGCGGUUUCACCCACUCUGCUCGGCUCCUAUUGGUCAUAGCGUGAUGUUUUAUAGCCUAUAGCCUUCCUCGAUAAAUGCACUAUUCAACACAAAAAGGAUUAUUCAAAUCGGACCAGUAGUUUUGGAGAUUAGCGCGUUCAAACAAACAAACAAACUCUUCAGCUUUAUAAUAUUAGUAUAGGUAACAAUGUCUACUGUUUCUGUACUGAAUCUGUCUUUGUUUAAUUACCUAUAUACUGAGUGACUCAGUUGUAUUUACUGCUAAAGUAAUCUUAAAUUAAUAUACAAUAAAAUAUUAAAAAAUAAA